AGCUUCCGGUGCAGGGAGGCGGCCCUGACCUCUAGCUAAGAGAAGCUAAUUCUAAGCUAAGAAGUUGACUCACGUGGCCCACGACGACGCUGUCAAUCAACAAAAAUACGCGACGUGGACGGACACAGGUGACGCUCGUGAGUGAGUGAGUUUACGUCACGCGGGUCCUCCUCACGCCGUCCUUCUGCUUCCGGGGUGACAUAAUUUGCUUGUCGCUUGCUAGCAGGCUACGGGACAGUCCAUCGAGGAGCACCUCGCCGAGGACCCGGAGCUAGCAGCCAUCAAGGCUAGAGUUCAGGAGCUGGAAAUGGAAGAAGAGACUGAAAGAAUGAAGGAAGAGGGAGUAGAAGAGGAGGACAGGUGUGAUGGUGAGGAGAUGCAGCUGCUGACCAGUAGCCCCCGGCCUGGCCCGUUCUACAACAUGACACCUGAGGAAAGGAUGGAUGCAGACAACAGGUCAAUCUAUGUAGGAAAUGUGGACUAUGGAGCUACUGCAGAUGAGUUGGAGAUCCAUUUUAAUGGCUGUGGUCCUGUCAACCGUGUUACCAUACUCUGCGACAGGUUCUCGGGUCACCCAAAAGGCUUUGCUUACAUUGAGUUCUCCGAUCGCAACUCCGUGCAGAGUGCUAUUGCCCUGCACGAGACGUUGUUCAGAGGAAGAGUUCUCAAGGUGUUGCCCAAAAGGACCAACAUGCCUGGCAUCAGCACCACUGACAGGGGAGGCCACCGAGGUGGCCACUCAAGAGGCCGAGGGCGAGGCUUUCAGCCCCCCAGGGGACAGCCUGGCUCUCGAGGCAGGUUUCGCUACCAGUCCACGAGACCACAGCACCAGAACCCCCAUCCUUACUAUGGAGGCCCCCCGGUAGGGAAGAGACAGUGGGGCCACCUGGAUUAUCACGAACAGACGUCCAAACGCUACCCUUGUCUUCUCCUCAUCACCCCACCUUCAGAGGAAAUGGGAGCCGGGGCCAGCGGACAGCACUACCCCCAACAGCGCUAGUGACCCUGCUUGUUUACAAAGCGGGUGUAUAAACUGAUUUGAAACGGAGUUGGGUUCACUGCUUUGUCUGCAUCAGUCCUUUAGAUAAUUUUAAGCAUGUGCAAAUGCAUGAUCGGGUGACCAUCAUGUAUUCAUGCCGCUGUGUCCUACCAUUUUUACAAACUAAUGAAAGUGUUUUGUUUGUGCUCGCUUGUAUAAAUCCUUUUCUUUUAACUUAUACAUCCUUUGCUUUAUGUGAACAAAUAAAGAAAAUUCUGACGCUUCA